AUGAUUACCUGGCGUUCGAUUGCCCGUACCUUCCAACGGAACCAUGCGCCCCUCAGAGCCCAAGUUCGACACCUAAGUCUACUCGAACAUCACUCAUACAAUCUACUCAAAGAAUUCAAACUACCAGUUCCACCGGGAUUCCUGGUUACAACCCCAGAGCAAGCGAAGGAUAUUGUCUCCGAGAUCAACGGACCAUCCGUGAUAAAAGCCCAAGUCCUAGCCGGCGGACGCGGAAAAGGCAAAUUCAACAGCGACGGCAAAAGCGGCGUCCGCAUGGUCAACUCACCAAACGAAGCCUUCAACAGCGCCACAAACAUGAUCGGGUACAACCUAACAACAGCGCAAACCCCCGCAGACGGACUCCGCGUCGACAAGCUCUACGUCUACAAAGCCGUAUCCAUCGCACGGGAAUUCUAUCUAGCGAUGACAUUCGAUCGCCAGCAUACAUCACCAGUUCUACUGAUUUCCUCAUCGGGUGGAACGAACAUCGAAUCGAACGUGGAUAAGCUACACAAACUCCGGUUCGGAAUCUCGACAGGUAUCACCGAUGAGAUUGAUGCAUAUAUCCAAGCUGAGCUUGGUUUCUCCGAUACAGAGAUGAAGGAUAUACACCGGAUUCUGGUGCAGAUGCUCAAAUUGUUCAAGGAGAAAGAUGCUACGCUGGUUGAGUUGAAUCCGCUCGUGCGCACGGAAGAUGGCGAGUUUAUUUGCUUGGACGCUAAGUUUGGGUUUGAUAAUGCGGCGCGGUAUAGACAGCAGGAGAUAUUUGCGUUGGAGGAGAGAUCGCCGGAUGAAGAGGAGGAAUAUCAGUUGGGGAAGCUGGGUGUUUCUUAUGUGCGGCUUGAGGGAAAUAUUGGGAAUAUUGUUAAUGGGGCUGGGUUGGCGAUGGCGACUAAUGAUCUUAUUAGUUUGUAUGGAGGGAAAUGUGCGAACUUUUUGGAUGUCGGGGGUGGGGCGACGAAGGAGGCUUUGUCGAGGGGGCUUGAAAUUUUGAAGAAUGAUCAGAGAGUUAAGGGGAUCUUGAUUAAUAUCUAUGGUGGAAUCGUGCGAUGUGAUAUGAUUGCCGAGGCGAUUGUUUCUGCUGCUACUGAGAUGGGUGGUUUCAAAUGUCCGGUUGUGGUUCGGUUGCAGGGUACUAAUUUUGAAAAGGGAUUGAAGAUGGUCGAACAAUCAGGGCUGGAGAACUUGGUUGUAGAAGCUGAGUUUGAGAAAGCUGCUCAGAUGGUUGUGAAGCAGACACCCCCGGUUGGAGUGUAA